CAAUCAAGUGCAGAUCAAUCAAAUAUACUGAUAAAUAGUGCUUAGCAUUUUCAUCCCUCAACAAGUGAUAAAAUGUCUUCAUAUCAUACUGCAGAGAUGCUUCAAACACAUGCUUUGAGUUUAAAAGUAAGUUGGAAAAAGCAUGUAAUGCCAAAUGGGAACUGUACUGUCCAUCAGUCAAGCUGGUGCUGAAUAUUUACAUCUACUGAGACUGAUCUUCAUUGUGUUAAGAACUUUGCUCUUUCUGGAAAUUUCACUUGAUGACAGCAAUUUGAUAUUUCCACAAUUACCACAAUAUGUAAACAAUUAAAUGUCAUAUUAUUUUCAGUAUUUUACAUUUAAAAUAACCUAUGUGUAGUGUUUUGUAUAGAAAGCCAUCAGCCUUUUGCACCAACAAUAAUGGAUUUUCAGUGCCAGUAAAAAAAAAAAAGUCUCCAAAACAGACUGUUGCAUUCUGAACUGGUUGAGAAAUUAUGAUGACUAAUAAAGAAGGUUGCACAAACUGCCAACUGCUGACAGUGACAUGUUGGCCAUAUUUCUUCACUGCUGAGACAGUGUAUGAGAGAUAGUGAGAGAGCCUUGUAACUGCAGCUGAGUGGAAACUUAUUUAACACUUGUGUAUGGAAAUUAAAAUUUGGUAAAAAUCUGAUUUGAUAGAUUUUAGAAUUUUGAUUCUGACCACAUUUAUGCUGGAGAUAAACCUUCAGUAGCGCUUCUCUACUUGGAUGUCUCUGCACACUACAGCUCUGAUUUCUUGGCUCAGAUAUGGGAGCAAGUUUCCCUUAACAGGAAACUGCAGUCCCCACAAGAAUAACAUGCGCCAGCAUUUAUUGCGUGUUAUGUGUCUGUGUUGACAACAUGCUCUUGGUGUUGGAUCGUUAGACUUACAGCGUCACCACAGAUGGAAAAACUGCUGAUAAAGUGAACUUCACAUGCGUCAAUGUCGCAGGAUUUAGUCAGCAUGGCAAUGCGUGCUUUGUAUGUGUGUGUGUGUGAGUGGUGGGGGGUUUGCCUGCUGUCUGGACUGUGAUGAGUCAGAUCUUUGUAGUGUCGGUGCAGACAGUGUGGCAUCCUUUUUUCCUUCAGAGAGUCUGUGUUCUGUGACAAGCGGAGAAGCACGCUGAGCCGCUGCUGGUGCGCAACUCUCUCAGGCCAGAUUCUCUUAUCUACAUAUGAAGUACCUGUUCUUUUCCUGGCUGGCAGUGUUCGUGGGGAGCUGGAUAGUGUAUGUGGAGUACUCCUCCUACACAGAGCUGUGUCGUGGGCACGAGUGCAAAAAUUCAAUAUGUGACAAAUACAGAAAAGGAGUCAUUGACGGCUCAGCCUGCAGCAGCCUGUGUGAGAAAGACACGCUGUACCUAGGGAAGUGUUUCACUGCCAAGCCCAACAGCCAGGUGUACUCAGGCAGCUGGGGAGACCUGGAGGGGGUCAUUAAAUGCCAGAUGGAAGAGGCUCCUCAUUAUGAUUUGGGAACUGAGAUGGAGCCCAGGAAGGAGGCUGUGGCCUUCAACAAGCCCACAAAGGGGACCUCUGUGGAGAAGUUCAGAGAGAUGAUCCUCAACCACCUGAAGGCCAAAGUGGGGGAUCAGACCAACCUCGCAGACCUGGCAACUCAAGUAUUGUCUAUAGCAGAUGCCAACAGGGACGGCCAUAUCUCACUGCCCGAGGCUCGCUCCACGUGGGCUCUGCUGCAGCUCAACGAGUUCCUGCUGGCAUUAGUGCUACAAGACAGAGAGCACACACCCAAGUUACUGGGCUUCUGUGGAGACCUGUACGUGAUGGAGAAGGUGCCAUACUCUCCUCUGUACGGCGUCAGUCUACCCUGGGUCAUCGAGGUGUGGAUUCCUGCGGGUCUGCGCCGCAGCAUGGACCAGUGGUUCACUCCCUCAUGGCCACACAAGGCAAAGAUCUCCAUCGGCCUGCUGGAACUGGUUGAGGACGUUUUCCACGGCACCUUUGGCAGCUUCCUCAUGUGCGACGUGAGCGCCACCAGCUUCGGUUAUAACGACCGUCAUGAUUUGAAGGUGAUGGACGCACGGUACAUUGUUCCCGAGGCCAUCUUCCAAGAAGGCAUUAGGCAACAGCGCUGCGAUGUGGACGAGGACUGUCUCUAUGGGGCUGACUGCCUCACUUCCUGUGACCUCACCAAGCACCGCUGCACGCCUGAGGUCACCAGGCCAAACUUAGCCAAAGCCUGUGACGCACUCAAGGACUAUAUUCUGAGAGGUGCACCAUCUGAUGUGAGCGAGGAGCUCGAGAAGCAGCUGUACGCCUGCAUUGCCCUGAAAGGUGCAGCAGAACAAAUGGAAAUUGAGCACUCGCUUAUUCUGAACAAUCUAAAGACUUUGUUAUGGAAGAAAAUUUCUCAUACAAAAGACUCUUAACGAGCAGGCGUUGCACAGAAGCACAAAGACCUACAUCUGUCCCCUUAAGUUUUCCAGUAAAAUAAUGGACUCAUUUUCACAUGAGAACAGGAGGACAUUAUGCAGAUAAGAUUUCCUUUCUAUUCAACUUUACAUGUAUCAGUAUCUUAUCUUGAAGCGGUUCGUUCUGUCAAGGAAAGUCAAUUUCAGCUUAAAUCAUGUGUUAAAUUUCCUAAUGUACAGGAGAAAAGUGACAAUUUUUCAAACCAUAUUAAUGGUUAAUAAAUUUGACUUAAUUGGAUAAGCCUCAACAGUGAGUGCUUGCUUCAACUUUUGCAGUCAUUUGGGUAAUUGGUGCUCAUUGAUUUUAUAUUAACUUUACAGUUUUCCUUUACUCAUCAGCACUUGACAAGACUCACUUUUUCUGGGCGGGAGGUUCGUCAAUUUGCUCAAAUAUCACUGGAUAAAUCAACUAUGCAGUAAUUU